GACGGCAACGCGAAGACGCAAUUCGUCAGUGCGCGGAUGAGCGAUCCUUAUUGGCAGGUCGACCUCGGCGAAGAGAGAGACGUUGGCGAAGUCUACCUGUCCUCCAGUGUCACGAUGGCCGGGGUUUCUGUUGGCUUACGUGACGCAGCCUGCGUAGAGGCGACCACUACGACAACAACGGCGUCGACAUCCACAACCUCGACGACCGAAGCUUCUGAGGAUAGUAGCAACGACAACAGCAACAGCGGGCAGGAUAGCGGCGAUGAAGCCGGCAGCAGCAGCAACACGAUCUCGGAGACGCAACUCUGGGCCGAUGAGCCAGCUGACGGUGAGGAUAUCGAUGCAGCAUUGCUGGAGGAGCUGUCCGACUCCAACAACAUCCGCGCCCUCAGUCCGAAGAAGCUCGGGGCUUGCGACUUCAAGCACACCUGUGGCACCAUCUCGGGUUCCGGCAAGUUCGUCUCUUGCAAGGGGCAAACUGGCCGCUUCCUUGUCAUCAAGAAGACAGGUGCUAGCCAAACACUCACCGUGGGCGAGGUGGAGGUGUGGGAGGAUGCCGUCUUGUCCCGGACAGCCGCUGUGGCUACGAUGUCUGUCGCCAAGAAGGGCGAAAGCAAUGGACCGGACCGAAUCUUGGACGAUGCGGACAACACGGCAACGAUUUCGCAGGCAGGCACCAACCCGUGGCUACAGGUAGAGCUCGUGGACGAGGGCAACGUGGGAAAGGUCACAAUUACGCCAAACCAAGGGGCCAGGAGCGCGUUCGCGCCAACGGCCGCUGCGCCU